GAGUAACUCACGCGAUAGUACGCGGUAGCUGUAAAAUCCUAGGAGCAGACAGAGCAGAGCAGGGAAGUUGACAUGUCAAGAAAACAGAUAAAUUAUCACCACACAGGCAUGUAAGGGUGUGCUGGUGUGGAACAGCCCCGACAGGUAACUUCACCUGGACCUAGACCUCAUCCUCCAGCAUCUUCACCUGCUGCCUCCAUGACAACCCCUCCACUAGUGUCGCCUUUUGGCGGGCAGCCUCCGCCACCGCAGCAGCAGCAACAGCAGCAACAGCAGCAGCAACAGCAACAGCAGCAGCAGCAGCAGCAAGCCGUGAUGGCAGGACGUGAUGUCAACACGGCCUCUCUGUGUCGCAUCGGCCAGGAGACGGUCCAAGAUAUUGUCCUCAGGACCAUGGAAAUCUUCCAGCUCCUCAGGAACAUGCAGCUGCCUAAUGGAGUCACUUACCACCCCAACACCCACCAGGACAGGCUGUCAAAACUCCAGGAGCACCUACGGACGCUUUCUGUGCUGUUCCGCAAGCUGCGCCUCGUCUACGACAAAUGCAAUGACAACUGCGCAGGGGUGGACCUCAUACCUCCAGAGCAACUGAUACCCUUCGUGGAGGAUGACAGCUCUAAACACGAGGAUCGCUCCGCUGGCCAGAGCCGCCCCGCCACCGAGGAGAGGAGAGAAAUCCUGGAGGUCAACAAGAAGCUGAAGCAGAGGAAUCAGCAGCUGAAGCAGAUCAUGGACCAACUUCGCAACCUCAUCUGGGAGAUCAACUCCAUGCUGGCUGUCAGGAGCUGAGCCACACACACACACACACACACACACAAAUACACAAACACACACACACACAUUUUCUAGAAAUAAUGGAGAGGAAGAUUUGGUCGUUAACUGGACGUGUGACAGGGUACCACAGGCUGGCUGAGGCUGCACUUUACAGAAGAAAUUGGGACUCUGGCAAUAUCAACCUGAAGAAGACGUGAAACAGUAGACACAUGAAGACGUAAUAAAACACUGGGAGGGAGGACGGUGCUCCAGUGUGAACGACGGCAGAAAAUAUUCUGUCUACCUCGAUAUUCUGCAUUUCAAUCAACAUAGUUAUUGAAUUAAUCUCAAGAGUUGAUAUAUUACGUUCUAUCUAUUUGUAGGUACUUAGCUCAAUAGAGGGUUUAUGCCUGUAGAGACGCAUUGAUAUAUUCUAUUUAAUCCUAAAAUUCUGCCAAUUUCAUAGUAAUAGAAUUGUGUGAAGCCCUAAAUAUAAAAAAAAAGCUUUUAUAUGACCCCUAAAAACUUUAAUAAGAAAGACAUACACUGUGGCAAAAUCAUAAGUCUUAUUCUUGCUAUAUUGAUCUGCUUUUUUUUAUUUGGUGUAAUAUGUAGACUCAUCUAUGCUCUGCUCUGAUUGGACUUGACAUGUCAAUACGAUGCCUUGUAAGGAUUCUGCUGAACUAUAAAUCUUGCUGAGAUUUUUAAAAAAGCCAA